UUCAGCCAAACCCUAAAUUCCUUCACUUUCAGUUGUGAAAAUUUCUGGUUUGGAGAAAGAGAUAUGUUUUACUCGCAUACGCUAUUGGCUCGGAAAACGGCUUUGGGGACGGUGUGGUGUGCGGCACAUUUGCAGCACCGUCUCAACAAGAAGGACUAUGAGAAGACUAAAAUUCCUGUUGUUGUUGAUGCCAUCAUGUUUGGAGAGGUUCCCCUUGCAUUGCGAACAUCAAGCUACCUUCUGCUAGGUGUUGUACGAAUUUAUUCAAAGCAAAUUGAUUAUUUGAAACACGAUGUUGAUGUUUUGGUGAUGGAGUUACGAAAAAUGCAUUCUUCGCACUCUUCGACGAAACUUACUUUACCUGAGAAUGCUUACCAGGCACCUUUUCAUUCCAUCACCUUGCCAGAGACUUUCGAUCUUGAUGCCCUCGAAUUGGAUAGUGAUAUUUAUCGUGACGGGAUUCCAGAUAAUCAUCUUAGGAGUCAAGAAGAGAUCACUCUAGCAGAACAAGUUCCUGUUGGAAGAGAUGCUUAUGUGGCUAUAUCUUUUGAUGAGGAUAUCAUGAUAGAUUUAUCACAUCCUAUGGAGGCUCCUGAUUUGGGUUUCAAAUCAAUGGAAGAUGUCGGGCUCCCUCCACCUCCUAUGGAUAGCACUAUGAAUGUUGAAGACCUGAUUGGUGAGGAAGAUGUACUUAACAUGAGACCAAACGAGGAUAUCAUGCGACAAAGUGUUCCAGGACUUGAUGUUCCAGAUUCUAUGAAUGUUCAAGAUCAGGGCAUGCGUGAUGAUGAUAACUCUGUACAACAUGUACCAGAAAUUGAAGUUCUACGGGAGGCUGCCCCUGAUUUUAGUCCAAGAGACCUUCCUGUGGCACCUCCAGUUGACCGUGAAUACAUGGUUGAACCAAGUCGUCUUAUAGAUGAGAGUAUAAACCAAGAAAAUCUUUUACUGGUCAUGGAAGAUAAGGUGACUCUUCCAAGAACAUCAUUACCAUUUGAGGAAAGUGCAGGACCUCCAACUUCUGCAACUUCAAAAGAGGCACUUGAAAUGAUCGAUACACAUAUUUCAUUUGGACGGUAUCCCAUGGAACUUGUUCUUCAACCAACUGCUCAAGAGCCAAAGUCAAGAUCAAGGAAGAGAAAGCAUUUCUUUGACAAGUCAACCGUGUUGACUAACAAAUUUAUGAAAAAGGCUCUUGAAGAUUCAAGUGAUUUAUUGCGUGAGAGGAGGAACACUCCAAGCACUUCUUUGGAUGUUUGGAAGUUAAACAACAGCUUAAGAAAAGAUGAAGUUUUCUAUCAUCCUUCCCUAACUGGUUUAUGUCAUGAUCUUGGUGAUAUGUUUAACAUGGACUACAUUGCAACAAAAUGUUGUUCAACAUCCUUGGAGAAAGCUUCCGAGGAUCCUGGGAAUGUUAGAAACAUUGCUUCAACGGGCGAAACAAUUUUGUACCGAGCAGAUGCCCCAUCUCCAGCUCCAGAUGUUGCUUCCUCACCACAUACCAUAAUUCCACCCACCGUUGAUCCUGCUAGAAACAUUGCACUAGUAGGUGAGACUUUUUCACCCCUUGUAGUUGCCCCGUCUCCAGAUCAAGAAGCUGUUUCCUCACCACAUUUCGAAAUUCCACCCACUAUCAAUCCUGCUUCUGCGUCCUUUUCCGAAAUGGAAAUCGAACAUCUUCGUGAUGUUGAAGGCAAUCGUGGGGACGACACUUUGGCAGACUUAAUUGCCUCUCCGCCUAGGUCCAUGCCCUCUCCUAGGCUUUCUGAAGGAUUAGGUUCACCAUCAGCAGUUAUUGCAUCCACUAGAGUGCUGUCAACACCUGGAGUAAUAUCAACCGAACCUUCAAAAUCUGUGUUUGAAACUCCCAGGACAAUUGACGAGGUGGGCGGAGAAAAUAUCACACUCUCAGAUAUUCCCGAGGAGAUGAAUACUGCAGAUGAGGAACUUUAUUUUCUGGAAGCAGAUAACUCACCACCUGGCUCUCAGAGAACUCAAAGAGUUGACUCAUUAUCAGUGAGAACUAGGGCUGUGGGUCGGUAUUUAAUGAGUCUGUCUCCUAUAAAAUCAAUCUCCGAUGACUCGAUCCAAGAUCUUUGUUUGAACAACAUCCUAGAAGGGAAAAGAAGAAAGCUAUGUGCACGGAUGUUCUAUGAGACGCUGGUUUUGAAGAGUUAUGAUCUGAUUGAUGUACAACAAGAUGUACCUUAUGGUGACAUCACUUUGAAGUUGACUCCAAAGCUUUCUAAGGCUCAAAUAUAACUCAAAGUUAUAUAUUUGGCUACGCUGGAUUUUACUGUAGCUCAUUGUUUCCAGGAGUUGGAACUUGGAAGGUGCAUUUUGUUAAUCAGUGCACUAGUUUUUGCAAAUUUCUACCUUUGUAUAGAUGCAUGGUUUGUCAUGUUUUACUUGUAAUAUAAUAAUAUGUAUAGCCUAAAUUAUCUUCAGG